AUGAAUAAAAUCAUUAUCCCUCAACCAAACUCUCCAGCUGGAUGGCAGGCCUACGCCAACUCGGAAGCAGUGGCCAGCAUUCCUCUGCAAGGAUCUCAAGAUGUGAAUGAGACUUCGAAAAUCGCGACAUUCCGCGGUGUUUUUCUCACGGCUUCCAGGGUUCUCCCCCAUUCUAUGAGCAGGGUAAACGUCUACGCCGAUGUUAUUGCCUUCACCGACCAAACCACCAUUAUUGCCCCUAACAGUAAUGGAACAAUCUUAAUUGAGUCCAGAGUUCUUACUGCUACUGGGCCAGUCACCCUCACUGUUCCAAGGGGUCUUACAACAACAUCGGUGGUCUCAAUUUAUGCAUCCGUACUUGAUCAGUCAAUUACGGUCGCCACAGGUGAUAACUCCAAGCGCAUUAACCUCGAUCAAAUAGGCACUGGGAAGACCUAUGCGGGGGUUAUUGUGGUCUUCAGCCCAACUGGCUUGCAAGUUGAGUAUCAGAGAUAUUACCCUACUACCACCAGUAAGGAUCUUCAAGCGAGCCUGAACACGCAGCUGCGAAUUGCCCUUAUUCAAUUCUGGCGCAAUAGUUCUAUUGCGAUCUCCCUCUGUUCUCACGUUGCUCGAAUUACCACCAAGCAACAAGCAUAUGCCCUUCUUAAUACCCAGGCAAGGGCCUUAGGUCAGCAAAUCGCUGGACAAGCCAUGGCUGGACAAGAUAUGAGCUAUGCCCCAGUUUUAGUACUGAGUCGAUAUAAACAGACGACGCAAACUGCACUGAACGCUGCAUUUGCGUUCGAACAGCAAUUUGAACGUUUUCAGGACAAAGCACAGUCCUUGGAUAUUCAGAUCCAAGCAUGGAACGCCAUGUUAUCGCAAGCAAUCAAUGAAUAUAACAUGCGAAUUAACGUGCGUAACAUGGCGCUCGACAAGUACGAGUAUUCAGUGAAAACAGCUACUGGCUGUCACCAGCAGUUCGAGAGCGACGUCUUUGCUUUGGAAUUGAUACGAAUUACCUUUGAAAUGGGCCUCAGCCGAUGGAUUUGGGAACAAAAGUGGAGAGCUGUAUUCGAGAUCCUCCAAGCAACUAUCACUUUUGCGGUUGCGGUUGGCCAGCUUUGUCUCGGCAGUCCCGGUGGGGUUGGUCAAGGUGCAGCAGCUGGAAGACAGGCAAUUGGGGCUGUUGUGGCAGCAGAAAGGAUCGCCGGCCAGGUGAAUAGAGUGUUGUCCUCUGGUACAUUACAGACACUUCUGGAUUGUAUCGAAGCCCUUGGCACUCUAUAUCCCUCGGUAGAUACAGUAGUGCGGACACUGAUUCGAUUUGAACAAAAUCCAAAUAUUGAGAUCCCUUCCACAGGAGAUAUCUCCGGUACAAGCCGAGGAGACGCUGAUGCUGCUGCCAUUGUCGCUAUGGCUGCAUGGGAUAGAUGGCUUUUGGAAGCUGAUCAGCAGAUGGUAUCUGCUGUUGAGAACGGUGUUGAUGGUGCCAGUGCCUAUCAACUUGCCCUGCGGAAGCAUGCUAUCAAUGGAAAGCAGCUAGCUCAAGCACAGGCAGAAGCCGUCAAGUCUGGGUAUGAGUAUGUUCAGGCGCAGAUGGAAGUGAUUCGGUGUGCGCAAAACAUCGCAGAUCUUCAAGCUUUAAAAGCUAGCUUUCAUGGUCAAGAGGCUGUUUAUCUCGAAGCCAAAUCCAUGUUCUAUGACCGGGCUAUGGCCUUGCGGACCAGUGUUGUUCUCUCACUCCGCAACAUGGCUUGGGCGUAUCGCUACUGGGCACUCUCCGAUAGUUCCAUUGUUCUCGACGCUCGAAAGUCGUUAGUCGAGUACCAACAGGAUCUCGCUACCGUUGUCUUGGAGUUGGAGCAUGCCGACUCAAGGUAUCCUAGUGAUCACCAACCUUUCAAUUACGAUAUCCCAUCUAAUACGCUCCCCUCAAACCAAGGUCAAUCCAUGAUCAAUGGUAUCAGAAGUGAAGGUAACACUGCCAGCUUCACUCUCCUUACCGAGAAACGCUUUGCAAGUCAAUUUGUCGAGGGUUCUCAUUACCGAUUGAAUGGAAUGGAUCCUACUCUUCAUGGGGUUCUCCCUAGGCAAGGAAGUGUAGUGGUGGUGAAAUUGCAGAUCACUACCUCCGGUAUUUAUUCGGAUAUCUACAAAGACAAGGUAUAUCAUUUUGCGAGUCUUCCUCAGGUCAGACGAUGCUCAUAUGAUCUUUAUUCCAACGGCGAGAGAGGAAUGACACGUGAUGAACCUAUCUUCGAAACGGUAGACCAUGCCGAGCCCACCCCAUUUACCCAAUGGAAGAUCAAGCUACUGAACCCCGAGGAGGUUAACCUGAGUGGAUUGAAUGGAAUCAAUUUGAAAUGGAAAGGACGUGUUCGGUUUGAUGAGAGGCAUCGUUUGGCACAUAGUAUUGAGGAAUUGUAG